UUCCUCUAAUAGCUCGACAAGUCAAAACAAAUAGUAACUCACAUUAGGCCAAACUUGGAAAAAGUAGUAUCCUAUGUUCACAAAACCUUCUCUGUAGAUGAUCGCAGAUUCACUCACAAGGACAAGGAUAAUUCUAUCAUGGAAUUGAAUGUAGUUUUGCUGAUUACGCUACUCUCUUGCGCCGCCACAGCUGAUUAUGUCAGGCCUCCGCCGCGCGCAACUCUCUCAUUUCCAUGGACCAAAAAAAGCUCUUCCGAGCCUCAGCAGGUUCAUAUCUCCUUAGCCGGGGAGAAGCAUAUGCGUGUUUCGUGGACCACUACCUCUAAGCAUUCUCCUUCGGUGGUUGAGUAUGGAACAUCUUCGAAAAAUUAUAGCUUCACCUCUAAAGGUGAGAGCACUAGCUAUAGUUAUUUUCUCUAUAGCUCUGGAAAGAUACACCACACGGUCAUUGGUCCGUUGGAACACAACAGUCUGUAUUACUACCGAUGUGGAGGGGAAGGUCCAGAAUUUCAGCUCAAAACUCCGCCAUCCUGGUUCCCGGUCACGUUUGCUGUGGCGGGUGAUUUAGGUCAGACCGAGUGGACCAAGUCGACUCUGGAUCACAUAAACCAGUGCAAAUACGACGUGCAUAUGAUUCCUGGAGACCUUUCAUAUGCGGAUUAUAUGCAGCGCAGGUGGGAUACAUUUGGGGAACUGGUGCAGCCGCUUGCUAGCGCAAGACCGUGGAUGGUGACUCAGGGAAAUCACGAGAAGGAGUACAUACCGAUGUUGGAGGAUAGUUUCAAAUCAUACAACUCGAGAUGGAAAAUGCCCUAUCAAGAGAGUGGAUCUGCUUCGAACCUGUUUUAUUCAUUUGAAGUGGCUGGAGCUCAUGUCGUCAUGCUUGGCUCGUAUACAGACUAUGACAAGUUCUCUGAUCAAUAUUCUUGGCUGAAGGGUGACCUUUCGAAGGUAGACCGGAAAAGAACACCGUGGCUUCUUGUGCUUUUUCAUGUCCCUUGGUACAACAGUAAUGAGGCUCAUCAGGGUGAGGGCGAUGACAUGAAGGCAGCCAUGGAACCGUUGCUUCGUGCUGCUGGUGUGGAUCUGGUGUUGGCUGGCCAUGUACAUGCCUAUGAGCGCACGAACCGUGUGUACAACGGAAGAUCAGAUCCCUGCGGUGCUGUCCACAUAACGAUUGGUGAUGGUGGAAACAGGGAAGGUUUAGCAAACAAGUACAUGGAUCCCCAACCGGAGUGGUCCAUUUUCCGUGAAGCAAGCUUUGGUCAUGGUGAGCUGAGGAUAGUGAACUCGAGUCAUGCGUAUUGGAGCUGGCACAGGAAUGAUGACGAUGAAGCAGUGAGGUCGGAUCAAGUGUGGCUAACUUCUCUAUUUGGGUCGGGGUGUCUCAACGAGAACGCUGACCACGAGCUGAGGAAAAUGCUGUUGGAGCCAUAGGAUUGAGCCUGUCACUGUAAAUACUUGAGCAAUUGUAUAAGGCGUGGAGCCCAAUUAUCAUAUAUACCACUACUAGUAUAUAUCUAUGAUCUCCUUUAUGCGAAAUUUAGGAAUUUGAGCUUGUGGAACAUACUAUCUGAUGAUUAUAUAAGUAUUUUAUAUUUUCUAUA